CAUUCACAAAUAAUGGCAUUCACAUUGUGGCUUGUUCCCCUUACACUACUAGCCUCUUAUUAUACUUUUGUGGCGGCGGCAGUGGCAAUUCCACAAUCACCAAACCAAAAAGUGAUUAAGAACAAGGUAGAAGAAGGGUGUGAUCUUUAUGAAGGCAAAUGGGUCAUUGAUGAAUUUUAUCCUCUACAUAAUGCUUCAAGUGAUUGCCCUUUCAUUGCUAAGGGAUUUGAUUGUGUUAGAAAUGGAAGGCCUGAUAAAAAGUACCUCAAGUAUAGAUGGAAGCCCAAUGCUUGUGACCUUCCAAGGUUUGAUGGUGAAAAGUUUUUGGAGAGAAACAAAGGAAAGAAGAUAAUGUUUGUUGGGGACUCAAUAAGCAACAACAUGUGGCAGUCACUCACAUGUUUACUUCACAAAACUGUUCCAAACUCAAACUACACCUUAACUAGACAAAGUUUGCUCUCUAUUUUCUCAUUUCCGGAAUAUGAAGCGUCAAUCAUGUGGUUGAAAAAUGGGUUUCUUGUGGAUUUGAUAAAUGACAAAGAAAAAGGUGGAAUUCUAAAGUUGGACAGCAUUAGCACUGGGGGACAGUGGAAAGAAGUAGACAUUUUGAUUUUCAAUAGCUAUCAUUGGUGGACUCAUACAGGACACUCUCAAACAUGGGAUUAUUUUCAAGUGGGUGAUAAGUUGAUCAAGGACAUGGAUCAUAUGGAAGCUUUCAAGAUUGCAUUGACCACUUGGGCAAAAUGGAUAGAUUCUAACAUUGAUCCUUCAAAGAUUAGAGUCUUUUUUCAAGGAAUUUCUGCUUCCCAUGCUGAUGAGAAGGCAUGCUUGAGAAAAACUCAACCAGAGGAAGGAUCAAUGGCAGCACCAUAUCCAGGUGUGGACAUAGUGAAGAGUGUUAUAAAUAACAUGACAAAACCAGUGGAACUGCUUGAUAUUACUUUGCUAACACAACUAAGAAUAGAUGGUCACCCUUCAAUUUAUACAGGAAGUGGUCCUUCUUUUGUUGAUUGCAGUCAUUGGUGUCUUGCCGGUGCUCCUGAUUCUUGGAAUGAAAUUUUUUAUGCUACUCUACUUAGAGAUUAAUUAUUUUUUUUUUUAAAAUGGUGGUGUUUAUACCUCUAGUUUAUAUAAGUUAUUCUUUCUUGCAUUUUAUGUUGGAAGACCUUCUUGAAUUGUUGACAUUUAUAUAAGAUUAAUUAUUCUUGCA